ACCCCCUUGGCCAAUUUCCUGGCCCCGCCACUGGGUGGCAGAGUAUCCUUCAUGGGCGUCAGUUAUUGGAGAAGGGAUUGAGAUGGCAGGUUGGUAACGGUCAAUCGGUAUCCCUCCUUCACUCGAACUGGAUCCCCAGGUACCAGCUCGAUCCCCCAUGUUAUAAUCCGCGGAUUUUGCCUGAGGGGGGUGAUCCUUUGGUGGUCGAGGUCAUUUGUCAAGGGGAAGGGAGAUGGUCUGAUGAGAGGCUCCGUCAGUGGUUUGAUCCACCCACCUGUAGGGCUAUCAAAGUUAUUCCUCUUCCUAGAUGGGAUGUGCCUGAUAAGCUUAUUUGGCAUUUUACGACUGACGGGGUGUUCUCGGUUAAGUCGGCUUAUCAUUUGGCUGUCGAUUUAGACAGGAGGAGGGGUGGGUGGCGAUCCUCGGUUAGCUGGAUGGAUAAGCCGAGUUGGAUAAGAGUGUGGGAGGUGAAGAUUCCUCUGAAGUUGAAGGUUUUUGUAUGGCGAAUCCUUAAUCGGGCUCUUCCAACUACAGAGGCGCUUAUUGAGAAAAAGGUUCAGGUUCUCCCUCGGUGUCCAGUUUGUUGGGAUGGUCCGGAAACGAUGGAACACCUUUUCCUUUACUGUCUGGUUGCGCGGGCUCUCUGGGACUAUUCAGGGCUAGAAUACAUGGGGGAGAGUUUGCCUCGACACACUUUUCCUUUGUUUCUCAAACGUUUGUUGGCGAUGAUUCAUCAACCGUCAUUGGUUAUGGCUGUUAUUGCCUUCCUUUGGAGGAUCUAGCGUUCUCGGAAUUGGGUUGUCUUUGAGGGCAAGCAAUUUGGGAUCCCGGCGCUCAUGCGGCAGUUCCACCAACAGUAUGAGGAAUGGGUGGGUCUACCAACGGAUCAAGCUCCGAGGACGAUUAUCCCGAUGAUGCAACCAACUGCGCCAGUGGGUGAUUCUCAUUUGUUUUGCAUGUGGGACGGGGCUACGAAGGGUGGGUCGCAUUCGGCUGGUUGGAUGGUUCUCUUUGACCCAGCGCGGGCACUUCUUCUGACUAAAGGGGUUCAGUUUUCUCAUUUGGAUGACCCGGUAAUGGUGGAAUUGCUUGUGCUUCGGGAAGCUAUUAUUUGGUGUAUGGAGCAAGGCUUGUCGAAGGUCCGGUUUGAGGGCGAUGCGAAGGUGAUUAUUGACAAAAUUAUUCAAGCCAACACGAGAGAUAGCCGGUUGGGUGCUUUUCUGGAAGAGAUUAGUCAUUACUUUCGUACUCAGACUGGUUUUAGUGUGUUUUGUAGGUCGGGAGAACAAUAGGGUAGCUCAUUUGGUAGCUAGGAAAGCCCUUUCUUUGUAGCCGACUAUGAGUCGCUUCUUUGAUUUCCAGUCCUGGCUGGUUUCCAGGGUGUAACUGUCUAUUUUGUGAUCAAUACAUGAUAUCUUUUGACAAAAAAAAAUGAUGUUGGAAAGGGGGAAUUUUCCAAACGCGCUUAUAUGUGUUAUCUUGACUUAUAUGUGUUAUUGUACAAUCUCGUCUAUUAAAAAAAAUGCCCGCUGACGUUGUUUGCCAAAAGAAUCUACACAAUAAAUAAAAGCCAAAUGAGAAAACUUGAAGUCCCAUUUCAAAUUUCCUGUAUCCAGAGUGAAAGUAAGAAGGACAUUUUGGUCUUCACAAUUACUUUUUUUAUUCAUUAAAAAGACAGUUACUAGGAUUCAAACCAUGACCACUUUAAAGAAAAGCAAAGAUCAUAACCAAUCACACUAAAUACAUUUGUUGUAUCUUUUCAAAUUAAAAACGUAUAAUCGCAGAGAGGAAAAAACUCUUCCCCCAUUUCAAAUUCCCUGCUCCAUGAGCGUUUGUAGGAAGGAUAGAAUAUGAAGUGUCAAUUUUUUUCUUUUUCUUAUGUGGAACGGGCCAACUUACCAUAGACAUGCGGAUUUAACACAGGUCCAGGAGUGUCAAUUUUCUUCUUUAAGUCCUUUUAUUUCUCCGUGGUGGUAAAAUAUAUAUGAAAAGGCAAAAAUAAUACUCCUUUUUAUUGCUAAAAAUAAAAAAAAUAAUAACAAUAAACUAAUGCAUGGAUUCUAAUGGGCUAACCGCUAAUCAUAUCAUAAAAUAAAAGAGUUGAAUGGGCCUGACCUACACGGGAUUUGCCCAUCAAGUAAAACAAAUGAACAUCAUGGGUUUGUCAUUCUAAAACAAGCUAUUUUCUCUAGCAUAAUAUAUAUAAUACUAUUAUUUUAUAUCUUAGUGGCUAAAAUAUAAUGUAUUUUAAAGUUAUUCAAUGGUUCAAUCUUGACCAACCCGAUUAGUCCAAUUUUUAUCAUUUCAAAUAUAUAUUAUGUAAUUACUUGAUAUCAUAAUGAUUAAAUUAUAGUUUAUAUUAUAGGGAAUCGUUUGGCAUUUGUUAGUAAACAGAAAGAUCUAUUUGGUUAUUUUUAACAUUAAAACGAUCCUAAACAUUUUCAGUUUCCUUUCGAAAUUCUAUAGUUUUAUUCUCGAAUCAGUGAUGUGCAAAUGGCGAAUUGCAGUCAUCUCUUUUUUUUCAUUAUUUUUUAUUUUCAAAUAGAAAGUUUAAAAGUAAAGAAUAAUUAGAGUUUGGCAUGGGUCGGUCAAACAGGCUGAAUUUCAAGUUUUGGCCCAUUUUGAUCAAGUCUAAUUUAUAAUCACAUGGUUCCCUGAUACCCGAUAAAAAUCUCAAUCCAAACCAGUUUGGCAGGUGAGUCCGUGUUUACCACCAUUUUCUAGGGAUACAGGAACGGUGGUUCCUAUCCCAAAUCGUGUUGUUCAUUCUUGAUUUCUUUAGAUUUUAUCAUGGCUUGGCAAAAAACCAGAAAGCACAAUGAUGACAAGAUGAAAGGUUUAUAAAGCAAAUUAAUCGGCCAACGGGCCGAGUAAAAGCUAGCAACGAUUGUGAGAUGCUCAUUUUCCGAAAACCGGCGGGAUAGACGGUUUUUUAUUCGAUUUUCUGGAAUUCAGUUUCUACAAAACUUACUCCACCUCAUCGUAUUACUAGAAACAAUAUUGUUUCACAAGGUAACAGGUACUUGAUUUUGGUUCAUAAGGCUGAUUUUGGAUUCGUUGCAUCAUUCAUGUCUCUUUCCUACUAAAAUUCACUAUUUUUAUCACGUGUUUCAAAAAAAAAAAAAACUAUACAACAAUAAGCUAUAGACCCUAUUACAUUAUCAAAUUUCAUACCUCACCUUCCUCCGGCCAAAUGGCCGGAACCUACGCUAGUAAUACUAAGAUUGAUGGUCACAUACGCCUUAAUUAAAAUCGUUGAUUCGC